GUUAUGGGCAAGUCAGAAAGCCAGAUGGAUAUAACUGAAAUGAAUACUCCAAAACCAAAGAAAAAACUGCGAUGGAGUGGCCUGGAAAUAGGGCUUGCUGUUGUAGCAAUUCUUCUAGCUAUUGUAGCGAUCACAAUGAUAGUUCUGUAUGCAACAUAUGACGAUGGGGUUUGCAAGACAUCAGACUGUAUAAAAUCAGCAGCCCGAAUCCUUGAGAACAUGGACACCACUGCAGAGCCUUGUAAUGAUUUUUACCAAUAUGCCUGUGGAGGAUGGCUUAAGAGGAACGUCAUUCCAGAAACCAGCUCCCGUUAUAGUAACUUUGACAUUUUAAGAGACGAACUAGAAGUUGUUUUAAAAGAUGUCCUCGACACACCAAGCAGUAAUGAUAUAACAGCAGUGCAGAAGGCAAAAACUCUGUACAGAUCAUGCAUAAAUGAAACUACCAUCGAUAGCAGAGGUGGAAAGCCUUUAAUCAGUUUAUUGCCAAAUAUAUCCGACUGGCCUGUAGCAACAGCUAACUGGGAUUCUUCCUAUGGUGCUGCUUGGACAGCCGAGACAGCUAUUGCACAGCUGAACUCCAGAUAUGGAAAAAAGGUCCUUAUUAAUUUUUUUGUUGGCACAGAUGAUAAAAAUUCCACAGCACAUAUCAUUCAUAUUGAUCAGCCUGGGCUUGGCCUGCCUUCUCGUGACUACUAUGAAUGCACCGGUGCAUACAAAGAGGCAUGUUCUGCCUAUGUUGAUUUCAUGAUUUCUGUAGCUCAACUAAUCCUACAAGAAAGAAAUAUUUCUGUGACAGAGAGCGAGAUUUCUGAACAAAUGAGAAGAGUUAUGGAGCUGGAGAAAGAGAUUGCUAAUGCAACAACAAAAUCUGAAGACAGAAAUGAUCCACUUUUGCUGUACAAUAAAAUGACCUUGGCACAACUCCAAAACAACUUCUCAUUGGAAAUUGAUCAUAAGGUAUUCAACUGGUCAAAAUUCAUAAAUGAUAUAAUGUCAACUGUACAAAUUAACAUUGAGAACACCGAACAUGUCAUUGUUUAUGAUCCAGAAUACCUUAUCAGGCUGAAGUCUAUUCUUAAUAAAUACGCUCCCAGAGAUCUUCAAAAUUACAUGAUCUGGCGAUUUGUAAUGGAUCUUGUCAACAGCCUAAGCCGUAGCUACAAGGACACAAGGAAUGCUUUUCGUAAGGCACUUUACGGCACAACAUCAGAAACUGCUGUUUGGCGUCGUUGCGCAAACUACGUCAAUGGCAACAUGGAGAAUGCAGUGGGACGAUUAUAUGUAGAGGAAGCAUUUGCUGGAGACAGUAAACAUGUGGUUGAGGAAAUGAUUGCAGAUAUACGUGAUGUUUUUAUAAAAACCUUAGAUGAACUUACCUGGAUGGAUGCAGAAACCAAAAAGAAAGCAGAACAAAAAGCAACAGCAAUUAGAGAGAGGAUCGGUUAUCCAGAUGAGAUCGUGACUGAUGACAAUAAGCUGAACAGUGAGUACCAGGAGUUGAACUACAAAGAAGAAGAAUACUUUGAAAACAUUAUUCAAAAUUUAGUAUUUACUCAGAAGAAAAGGCUGAAAAAGCUUAGAGAAAAGGUGGACAAAGAGGAGUGGAUAAGCGGAGCUGCUGUUGUCAAUGCUUUUUAUUCAGCAAGUAGAAACCAGAUAGUCUUCCCUGCUGGCAUUUUGCAGCCCCCUUUCUUCAGUGCAUCCCAGCCCAAAUCUCUGAAUUAUGGUGGCAUAGGCAUGGUCAUCGGUCAUGAAAUCACACAUGGUUUUGAUGACAACGGCAGAAAUUUUAAUGAGAAUGGAGACCUUGUAGACUGGUGGACUGAAGAAUCAGCACGCAAUUUUAAGGAGCUAUCUCAGUGUAUGGUGUACCAGUAUGGAAACUUCUCAUGGGACUUAGCCGGUGGACAGCAUCUGAGUGGAAUCAAUACACUAGGAGAAAACAUUGCUGAUAAUGGGGGUGUUAGACAAGCAUAUAAGGCCUAUGAAAACUUUGUGAAAAAGCAUGGAAAAGAAAAACUUCUUCCUGGUCUUGAAAUGAACCAUAAGCAGCUGUUUUUCCUGAACUUUGCACAGGUAUGGUGUGGAACAUACAGACCAGAAUAUGCUGUAAACUCCAUCAAAACUGACGUGCACAGCCCAGGCAAAUUCAGGGUCAUAGGAUCAUUGCAAAACUCUCCAGAGUUUUCUGAAGCCUUUUCAUGCUCCAAGUCCAACUACAUGGAUCCUGCUAAAAAGUGCCGAGUUUGGUGAUGGAACUGUAAACCUUGCGUCUUGAGGAGCUUUCCAGAAAAAAAGAAAUUUUGAACUAAUGUUGAAAAGGGGAGGAGGGAAGAAAACCGAGGCAAAUACGCUAGCAUAGUCACUGUAUUUCUUAGUAAACAGGCAAAAA